AUGUUUGAGCUCGUGCGCGAGGAUGUGCCGCGCUACUACAUGUCCAAGCUCACUUCGUUCUUCACGCGGUACUAUCGCUCCGACACGGGUGCCAAGAGCCAGCGCUGGCUGCAGACGCAGGUCGAGGCUCUCGCUGCCUCGCUGCCGACCUAUACCCGCGUCCAGGCCUUCCAGCACCCAUGGCAGCAGCGAUCUAUCAUUUUACAUAUCCGAGGCGCCAAUGCGACGCUGACGCGGGAGCGCGGCGUCACGAUUCUGGGCGCGCAUCUGGACAGCAUCAACUUCUUUCCGUUUUUUGCUGCACCGGGUGCGGACGACGAUGGCAGUGGCACGGUGACGCUCCUUGAGGCCUUGCGUGUACUGGGAGAGGCUGGCUGGGUGCCCGAGUCCGACGUCGAGCUGCAUUGGUAUUCUGCCGAGGAAGGCGGCCUGCUGGGCAGCCGCGCUGUCGCUGCGGAAUACGAGCGCAAGCACCGCCGCGUGCAGGCUAUGCUCCAGAUGGACAUGACGGCCUUUGUCAAAGACGGUACACAAGAGCGCAUCGGCGUGGUGACGGACUAUGUGUCGCCUGCCCUGACUGACUUUGUGGAGCGCCUGGUGGGGGCCUAUCUUCGGCUCCCCGUCGUCCGGUCGGUCAUGCACUAUGGUGCUAGUGAUCACGCAAGCUGGUCAGCAGCCGGCUACCCUAGUGCUUUUGCAAUGGAAGCUCCUUUUGAAGACUGCAACCUGCAACGUCUCCAUGUAUGUCUUGAUGGACUCACCGACCAGACCUCGCGUGAUGUGCCGGAAGCACCCGAGUUCUCGUUCGCACACCUGCUCCAGUUCGUGCGCCUGUCUAUGUCGUUUGUAGUCGAACUUGCCGGCUGGGUCGACGCGUAG